UUCCCACUCCACCAAACACCAGCAUCUCAAAUCUCCUUCAUUCCCAAAAACAAUGGCACUAUCAGAAAGUGUGAUGAAAAAAGUGCUUCUUUCAUACACAUACGUAUCAAUAUGGAUUUUCCUAAGCUUCUCAGUGAUUAUCUACAACAAAUACAUCCUAGAUCAAAAAAUGUACAACUGGCCAUUCCCAAUAUCACUAACAAUGAUUCACAUGGCUUUUUGUUCCUCCUUUGCUUACAUCCUCGUCAAAAUCUUCAAACUUGUCGAACCAAUUUCAAUGUCUUUCGACAUUUACCUUAAAUCGGUUGUCCCAAUCGGUGCACUCUAUUCUCUCUCCCUUUGGUUCUCAAACUCCGCAUACAUUUACCUCUCAGUUUCAUUCAUUCAAAUGCUUAAAGCACUUAUGCCCGUUGCGGUUUACUCCAUCAGUGUUUCAUUUAAAAAAGAGUCUUUCAAAAAAGACACCAUGAUCAACAUGGUGUCUAUUUCGCUUGGCGUCGCUGUAGCUGCCUAUGGCGAAGCCAAGUUUGAUGUCUUUGGAGUUACACUACAGCUUAUGGCUGUAGCGUUUGAAGCCACUCGAUUGGUUUUAAUUCAGAUUCUUUUGAACUCUAAAGGGAUAAAAUUGAAUCCUAUAACAUCACUUUACUACAUUGCUCCUUGUUGUUUGGUUUUUCUGUCACUUCCUUGGUUUUUCAUGGAGUAUCCAUUAUUGAGGGAUAAGUCAAGUUUGGAAUUAGAUUUAUGGGUUUUUGGUAGUAAUUCUUUGUGUGCUUUUGCUUUGAACCUUGCUGUGUUUUUGCUAGUUGGGAAGACUUCAGCUUUGACUAUGAAUGUUGUUGGUGUUGUGAAGGAUUGGUUGCUUAUUGCUUUUUCUUGGUCGGUGAUUAAGGAUACUGUUACACCCCUUAAUUUGAUUGGUUAUGGACUUGCCUUUCUGGGUGUUGCUUAUUAUAAUCAUUGUAAGUUGAAGGCUCUUAAGACUUCUGAGGCUCAGAAAAGGGUUCAGCAUGAAGAUGAUACUGAAGCUGGGAAAUUGUUGGAAGAGAGAGAUGGGAAACAAGAUGAAGAAAAUUCAAGGAAUAAUGAGAAUUGAUGUAAUUUUUGGAUACAGAAAUUACUAUUCUUAUUUGCAUUAAUAUGUAUUUUACCAAACACAUUGAAUCUUCAAACCAUACUAUGGAUGGUGAGCAGAAUGGAUGGUUGUUAAUUUCGUUAACAGUGUUUUUUUUAAGUUCGUCUUAUUGUAGAUUUAAAAACCACGGCAACAUUGGAUUGAGAUGUGGUAUUCAUAUAAAAACGCAGAUUCAAGCGCAUGCUAAGAGCACUCAAAUUAAUGUGUUCUGGAAGCUACGGCAAUAAAACCUGUAACCGCAAAUAAUUACAGUUUCGAAAUGGUUGGCCAAUAGUGACUCGGCUAAUCUCACCUCAUUUAUAUUAGUUUGUAUUUUAUUAUUUAAUUUUGAUAAUUUAAAAUAUUAGUUA